AAAUACAAACCCUGGGUUUGUAAGGACGUGUCAUUUAUCGAAGAAAAUCUGCAAAGAGCGAAAGGUUACGACUAUUUCCCUGAUAAAGUUAGACAUUGUGUGCUAUUAUACGCUAUGAAUAUCCUUAAGAAGGACAAGAAAGAUGAGGAAGGAGGUCUUGGUAAUCCUUUUCAAGGUUUAGAUAAAAGUACUGUCUUGCAAGAGUCAAGAAGUUUUAAUGACACUCCUAUCAACACAAGGAAAUGUAUUCAUAUUUUGGCAAAAGUAUUGUACUUGAUGAACCAGGGAACCUAUUUUGGCACUACAGAAGCGACAGAAACAUUCUUUGCUAUGACAAAAUUAUUUCAAUCAAAAGAUGUGACCCUUCGGCGCAUGUGUUAUCUUGCCAUAAAGGAAUUGGCAAACGUAGCAGAGGAUGUAAUUAUUGUCACUAGUAGUUUGACAAAAGAUAUGACAGGAAAGGAGGACAUGUUCCGUGCUAGUGCCAUCCGUGCAUUGUGCAAAAUCACCGACUCCCAGAUGUUGGCUGGUAUCGAGAGAUAUUUAAAACAAGCAAUUGUUGACAAAAAUCCAAAUGUGUCAAGUGCUGCUCUCGUAUCUUCCUUGCAUCUUCUCAAACCUAACUUCGAUGUUGUGAAAAGAUGGGUAAAUGAGGCACAAGAAGCUGCUAGCAGUGAAAAUGUCAUGGUGCAGUAUCACGGUCUUGGUUUAUUGUAUCAUAUCAAGCAAAACGAUCGACUUGCUGUCUCGAAGCUCAUAACAAAACAAGCAAGACAAGCAUUAAGAUCUCCAUAUGCUUAUUGUUUGUUGGUAAGAAUUGCUGCUAAAUUCUUAGAUGAAGAUCCAGAAAGUCCAGAGAAUGCACCAUUACAAGAGUUUUUGGAAAGUUGUCUGCGCCACAAAAGUGAAUUGGUUAUUUAUGAAGCUGCACGUGCAUUGGUGAACCUGAAGAAUGUUAAGACUAAGGAUUUGCAACCAGCUGUUUCAGUUCUUCAAUUAUUUCUGAGUUCACCAAGACCAACGUUAAGAUUUGCAGCUGUGCGAACUUUAAAUAAAGUUGCGAUCAUGCAGCCCCAAUCAGUCAUGACUUGUAAUUUGGAUUUGGAGAAUUUAAUUACUGAUGUUAACAGAAGUAUUGCGACUCUAGCUAUUACAACACUUUUAAAGACUGGAAGUGAAAAUAGUGUUGAUCGGUUGAUGAAGCAGAUUUCAACAUUUAUGUCUGAAAUUUCUGACGAGUUUAAAAUUGUUGUUGUUGAUGCCAUUAGAGCAUUAUGUUUAAAGUUUCCUCGCAAGCAUAUGGUUAUGAUGAACUUCUUGUCGUCCAUGUUACGAGAAGAGGGAGGGUUUGACUACAAGAAGGCUAUUGUUGAAGCUGUAGUGACGAUAAUUGAGGAAAACAAUGACGCAAAGGAAACCGGUCUCGCUCACCUAUGUGAAUUCAUUGAAGAUUGUGAGCAUACAUCACUGGCAACCAAGAUACUUCAUCUCCUGGGACAGGAAGGUCCUCGAACUCAGUCACCAUCAAAAUACAUUAGGUUUAUCUAUAAUCGUGUUAUUUUGGAAAAUGCAGAAGUCAGAGCUGCUGCUGUGACUUCCCUUGCGAAAUUUGGUGCUCACUGUGAUUCCCUCUUGCCAAGUAUCUUAGUGUUGUUAUCAAGGUGCAUGAUGGAUAGUGAUGAUGAAGUGCGUGAUCGAGCCACAUUUUACUAUCAUGUUUUGAAUAAACAAGACAAACAACUUUCAUCUGGUUACAUUUUAAACACUCUUAACGUAUCUGUUGUUGGUCUGGAGCGAGCUUUGGCUGCAUAUCUAAAGGAACCUGCUGAUGCUCCAUUUGACAUGAAGACAGUACCUGUUGCCACUGUACCCAUCCAUGAGCAACAGAAACCUGUUAAGACAUCUGGUGAAGUUACGAGCAGUAGCCAGAAAUCUGCAGCGCCAGCCGCCACAAGACAAGAUGUGUAUGCAGAACAACUGGCUGCAGUACCAGAGUUUGCAUCUCUUGGACCGUUAUUUAAGUCGUCUUCUAAACCAAUUCAACUAACAGAGUCGGAGACUGAAUAUGUUGUCAACUGUGUGAAACAUACCUUUGCGAAUCAUAUGGUGUUUCAGUUUAAUUGUACCAACACGUUGAACGACCAACUGCUUGAGAAUGUGGUUGUUCAAAUGGAGACUGGUGAUGAGGUUGACGUACAGAGCAACGUACCAUGUGCAAAACUUGUGUAUGGCACUCCAGGAACAACUUACACGUGUGUGGGAUUUUCCGAAGAUACCACGCAAGUGACCGCAUCGUUCUCUUGUACGUUGAAGUUUAUUGUGAAAGAUUGCGACCCUAACACAGGAGAACCCGAUGAUGAUGAAGGUUACGAGGAUGAGUAUGUGCUUGAAGAUGUUGAAAUGGUGGUAGCAGAUCACGUGCAGGGUGUGGUUCGAACAAAUUUCUUGGCGUCAUGGGAUGAAGUUGGUGAUGAGCAUGAAAUGGAGGACACGUUUGCGUUAAGUUCAAUGGAAAGCUUAGAAGAAGCGGUAACGAAGAUCACUCACUUUAUGGGAUUGCAACCUUGUGAACGUACAGACCGUGUACCUACCGACAAAAGUGCUCAUACGUUACUUCUUGCCGGUGUUUAUCGUGGCGGCAUCGACGUCAUGGUGCGAGCGAAGCUUGCUUUAAAAGACGGCGUGACAAUGCACUUGACUGUUCGUAGCACAGAUCCGAUUGUGAGUGAAGUCGUGAUGUCAGCUGUCGGCUAAUUUUACGCAUAUUUCCAUAAUAGACAAAUGAUUAUUUUGUUGUUGAUGAAAUUACCUAGAUUUUCCUUUUAAUACCUUUUGAACCUUUUCAAACUGAGCCUUCAAUACCUCUUUAACUGAGCUGUCAAUAUUUUAGUUGAAUAACCAUAUUAUAAAGCGUAGCAUCAGAAUUUUUCUCCCUCUAACUUUUUCGGGAUAUAAAGAUUUAGAAUUGUGUACCCUUUUUGAAUAUAUAAAAUAAAAUUGAAUGUUUGUUUUGCUUUA